UACUGCUAGGAAGUUGUUUCUUACUGCCUAAGCUAAACUUUCUCUGCUGCAAGGAGCAGCCUUUAAAAUGUUAAAGGCAGUUUUAAAAAAGAGCCGAGAGGGUGGAAAAGGGAACAAGAAAGAAUCAGCAGGUGACUCCUGCCCAGAGAAUGCCUUGCAGGUUAUUGCAACAUCUGGCCACAAUGCAGAUUUUCCGGUUGGCAAUCAGCCCAUCUCUGAGGAUAUUUAUAGAAUGAACUUGGCUAAAGGAGUCUCAAUGUCUUUGCCAUCUUCACCUUUGCUGCCACGACAGUGUUAUAUGAUGCAGUCAAGAUCAAACAAAAAGUCCCCAGGUCCGAUCAGGAAGCCCAAGUAUGUGGAAAGUCCUAGAGUGCCAGGUGAGGCAGUUCUACCACUGAGAAAAGGGUCAGAGCAAGGAGAACCCAAUCAAAAUGCAAAGCCUGAUAAAGACUCAAGCUGUUCUCCUGCAGCACAAGAAUUGAUGACCAGAUUGGGUUUUUUACUGGGAGAAGGGAUCCCAACCUCUGCACAUACAGAAGAGAAAAGUGAAGCCAUGUGUACAAUAGCCAGUCAAGGAGUCAGUCCCUGCUCUACUCUCACAAGCAGCACUACCUCACCUAGCACGGAUAGUCCCUGCUCAACUCUCAAUAGCUGUAUUGACAAAACAGCAGACCACAAAGGUAGUCCCUGUGGAACCAUUAGCAGCCCUAGCUCCACCCUGGAGAGCAAGGACAGUGGAAUUAUAGCAACCAUAACAAGUUCAUCAGAAAAUGAUGAUCGCAGUGGAUCCAGUUUGGAGUGGAGUAAGGAUGGGAGUCUCAGAGCUGGAACACAGCAGGGGGCUAUUCAUGAUCGAAGAACAGAUAAUUGUUCACCAGUUGCAGAAGAGGAAACAGUUGGAUCUGCUGAGAAUUUGCCAAAAGAAGUAUCUACAGGAGAGGGUCCUGUUCCCUAUACUCAAAGUUGUAGCUCUUUAAUAAUGCCUCGUCCAAACUCUGUUGCAGCAACAAGUUCAACCAAACUGGAAGAUUUGAGUUAUUUGGAUGGACAAAGAAAUGCUCCUUUACGUACUUCAAUUCGCUUACCUUGGCACAACACUGCUGGGGGAAGAGUGCAACAGGAAAUUAAAGGUCGUUUCAUCCCGUAUAAGCCUCAAGACAUUUUGCUGAAGCCAUUAUUGUUUGAAGUGCCAAGCAUAACAACGGACUCUGUGUUUGUCGGAAGAGAAUGGCUGUUUCAAGUGAUUGAGGAAAAGCUGAAGAAUACAGAUCUGGCAGAGAACAGGGGAGCAGUUAUUACCGGAAAUGUGGGAUUUGGGAAGACUGCUAUUAUUUCACGGCUGGUGGCACUUAGCUGCCAUGGAAGUCGCAUGAGGCAAAUAGCUUCACAUAGUCCUAAUUCAUCCCCUAAAAGUGGUGACUCCUGUCAGGAGAUUCCCCUAAGUCAGUUACCCCCAUCCGCUCCUCCAAGCGGAACCAAUACAAUGAAGAACCUGAAUUGUCCUGGUAGUCCUGAACACCAAAAUCAAACAGGUGAUUCGGUGAGACGUCUUGCUUCAAAGGUUGUUGCUUAUCACUACUGUCAAGCUGACAACACAUAUACGUGUCUUGUCCCAGAAUUUGUGCACAGUAUUGCAGCUCUACUUUGUCGUUCAACUCAAUUAACAGCAUACAGAGAUCUUCUAAUAAAAGAGCCUCACCUACAAAACAUGCUUAGCCUGAGGUCUUGUGUCCAAGAUCCAGCAGCAGCUUUUAAAAGGGGAGUGCUGGAACCACUUUCAAACCUCAGGAAAGAGCAGAAAAUUCCUGAGGAAGAAUAUAUAAUUUUGAUAGAUGGUUUAAAUGAUGCUGAAUUUCAUAAACCUGAUUAUGGUGAUACACUUUCUUCAUUUAUCACAAACAUAAUUUUUAAAUUUCCUCCCUGGCUGAAGCUUAUUGUGACUGUAAGAACUAACUUUCAGGAAGUAGCAAGUUCACUGCCCUUUGUCAGAAUAUCCCUGGACGAUUUUCCAGACAACAAAGAAAUUCAUGACGACUUGAAUGCUUAUAUUCAGUACAGGAUUAAUAACAGUCAAGAAAUUAUAAACAACAUAUCUUUAAAUGGAAAAGCUGAUGCAGCCAUUAUUGGGAAAGUGAGUAAUCACCUGAUCAUGAGAAGCCUGGGAUCUUAUCUCUAUUUGAAAUUGACACUGGAUCUUUUUCAAAAAGGUCACCUAGUGAUCAAAAGCGCAAGCUACAAGGUAGUUCCAGUGUCCCUGUCAGAACUGUAUUUACUUCAGUGCAACAUGAAGUUCAUGACAAACUCUGCUUUUGAGCGAGCCCUGCCAAUUUUAAAUGUGGCACUGGCAUCCCUACAUCCCAUGACAGAUGACCAGAUUUUCCAAGCUAUUAAUGCAGGCCAAAUAAACGGUGAACAACAAUGGGAAGACUUCAGCCAGAGGAUGGAGGCCCUCUCGUGUUUUCUGAUCAAAAGACGUGACAAAACACGUAUGUUCUGCCAUCCUUCCUUCAGGGAAUGGCUUGUUUGGAGAGCAGACGGUGAAAACACUGACUUCUUAUGUGAGCCAAGGAACGGACACGCUCUACUGGCUUUCAUGUUUUCUCGACAGGCGGGAAAGUUAAACCGCCAACAAACUAUGGAGCUCGGUCAUCAUAUACUUAAGGCUCACAUUUUUAAGGGUCUCAGUAAAAGGACUGGAAUUUCUUCCAGUCAUCUUCAAGCCUUGUGGAUUGGGUAUAGUACUGAUGGACUGUCUGCAGCCCUUGCUUCUCUGAGAAACAUAUAUACACCCAAUGUGAAGGUGAGUCGUCUGCUGAUCUUGGCAGGAGCAAAUGUAAAUUACAGGACAGAAGUACUAAAUAAUGCUCCAGUUCUGUGUGUUCAGUCGCACCUUGGACAUGAAGAAGUGGUCACUCUUUUACUAGAAUUUGGAGCUGCUAUUGAUGGGACCUCAGAAAAUGGAAUGACCCCACUUAGUUAUGCAGCAGCUGCUGGUCACAUGAACAUAGUUUCACUGCUGUGCAAAAAGGGUGCAAAGGCUGACUGCCUAGACAAGAAAGGCCAAUGUGCUUUAGUCCAUAGUGCGUUGAGAGGGCACCGUGAUAUCCUUGAAUACUUUCUCAAUGUUGUUUGGGUAACUCCUUCCCAAGAACAAAAUUCACUGAGAAAAUGCCAGGUGCUGCAGCAAGCACUGACAGCAGCAUCCAGUAUGGGACACUGUCAGGUGGUUUGUUACCUCUUGGCAAAUGAAAAGGAACAUGACAUUGACAUCAACGACACUGAUGCGUUGUGGGGAGAAACGGCCCUGACAGCUGCUGCAGGAAGAGGAAAACUGGAAGUCUGUGAAUUCCUGCUUGACCAUGGAGCUGUUGUGACAAGAGCUAACAGGAGGGGGAUUCUUCCGCUUUUCUGCGCAGUUCGGCAGGGUCACUGGCAGAUUGCGAAGCUUCUAUUGGAGCACGGGUCUGAUGUGAAUUUAAGUGACAAGCAAGGCAGGACACCACUUAUGGUGGCUUCUUGUGAAGGACAUCUGAGCACUGUGGAAUUUCUGUUUUCUGAAGGUGCAGCUAUUUCAUCUCUGGACAAAGAAGGACUGACGGCUUUGAGCUGGGCAUGUCUAAAAGGCCACAGGGAAGUGGUUCAGUAUUUAGUUGAGAAAGGUGCAACAAUUGAUCAGGUGGACAAAAAUGGACGGACACCCUUAGACCUGGCAGCUUUUUAUGGAGAUGCUGAUAUUGUGCAGUAUUUGGUAGAGCAAGGAGCAGUGAUUGAACAUAUUGACCACAGCGGCAUGCGGCCACUGGACAGAGCUAUCGGAUGUCGAAAUACAUCUGUAGUGGUUAUGCUACUGAGAAAAGGAGCUAAGUUAGGAAAUGCGGCGUGGGCAAUGGCGACCUCAAAACCUGAUAUUCUCAUCAUUCUGCUACAGAAACUGAUGGAAGAAGGAAAUUUACUGUACAAAAAAGGUAAGAUGAAGGAAGCAGCCCAGCGCUAUCAGUAUGCCUUGAGGAAGUUUCCAAGGGAAGGAUUUGGAGAAGAAAUGAAAGCUUUCAAUGAGCUGAGAGUUUCAUUAUACUUAAAUUUGUCACGAUGUCGCCGAAAAACAAAUGACUUUGGUAUGGCUGAAGAGUUUGCUACCAAAGCACUGGAGCUGAAACCCAAGUCUUAUGAAGCCUAUUACGCUAGAGCAAGAGCCAAGAGAAACAGCAGAAAGCUACUUGCUGCUCUUGCUGACUUACGUGAAGCUAUGAAGCUGUGUCCUAACAACCAAGAGAUAAAACGUCUCCUGGCUCGAGUAGAAGAAGAAUGCAAACAGUUCCAGAGAACACAGCAGCAGAAGCGUCAGUCUCCUCAGCCAGCACAGCAAAGUAACAACUCUGAAAAUGAGGAGGAGGGCAUCAUACAAGGUGUGAAUGAAAAUUUUAAUCUUCCAGAGAGGGCGGAGGACUUGCCACACCGCGAUGAAUCCAUUUCCUCUCCGCAAAGACUGCCGCGUGCGUUGGCUGCCUCAUCGUACAGCAGGACCCUUCAGGAGGGUGUUCAGCAGAAAACCAGACCUGUGUCCCCUCAAAGCAGAACAGGUAAUAAAUAUCUGAGAGAGCCAGGCUUGAUCGUGCAGCCAACGAAGCAGGCACAGAUUGUAAAAACUAAUCAGCACCUGAGCUCCAUCCAGCCCGGAUCAAAACCAGGAAGCAGUCAAUGUAAUACAAAGGCACAGUCAUCUUUUCAGCAUCUUCCCCAAAGUCCUUUGCCAGUACGACACCCUGGAAAUUUUACUAGCAAUAAAAUUCAGUAUAUGGAUGGGACAAGCACGUUAUCAUCUGCAAGUAUUUCCACUGGUGCUAGUUCCGGUCUGUGCAAUGAGACGUUUACGUCCAGCCAGUGUUCCCACUCGCAGCAUAAUGAGAAUCUCUCUUCUCAUUCUUUCGCAAAUAAGUCUAAAGCCGCUGACAGGUUAACAGCCCCUACGCAAAUGAAUUUCAGUGAAGCAAGACAGCAAAUUCCUGUAACUAGUGGUGUCUCGUCUAGUUCUCCAUCCAACAGUAUGAUUCUUGCCAGCUCAGCUAGCAACUUAACGUCAGCAAGUAGUUUUACAGAGAGCAGAAAGGGGCUAGGGCCAGACGUUCGAACCAAGGAGAAUAAAUUAAAUCACGUUCAGGGUGCUACUGCUGAACACAGACCUCGCAAUACCCCAUUUAUGGGAAUCAUGGAUAAGACUGCAAGGUUUCAGCAGCAAAAUAACCAACCCAGUCGCACUUGGCAUUCUCAGGCAUCAGAAGGAUUAACAAAUACCGCUUCUGGGGGCGUUCAGCCCGCACAUUCUGAGCAUUACUCAGUCAAACACUAUCAGACUAAAACUUCCUCUACUGGGGCUGCCCCCCGAGACGGCACCCAGAACGGUAUGCAAGCUAAAGAACUCGAGGAGCCUAAGUGCCAAACAGCUGCCCACUGUCAAGACAGCAAAGCACCUAAACAAGCUUCCCAGUUGUACCCGGACCCUCUCUCAAAACAGCAAUCCCACAUUAAUAAAGAAGGCCAUCUGAGUCACGUGGCCUCUACAAAACCAAAGCGAUCAUUCGUUGAAUCCAAUGUAUAACUCUCAUUUUGACCAGUACAUGGCUGUGAAACUUAGCUCAUAACGUCAGAGUGUUACUUCUGCGUAAAACGCUGCGUGGCUGGCCUCGUCUGUGUCCGAGCAAGCGGUCCGUGUAGGCCAGUACUGAAUGGGAUACAACCACUUUAAGCUGGUCACGCCAUCCCGGGACAGGCGCGGUAACUGGAAUAGCGUUGGUGGAGCGAGCCAGCUGGGAUCAGCAAACCACCAGCCUGGGAGCUCAAGCAGGGGAAUGCUUACCGGUUCACCCUUAACAUAGGAGUCCUCUUACAAAGAGCUUUAAUCGUGGCUUUUGGGUAUAUUACAUCUCAUCACUUACUUACUUACU